CAAUGACAAUGAAGUUGGGCAACAAGAACUGCAGUUGCCGAUCUUGCUCAGUACCCGCCACCUCGGGAAGAGAAAUCGACUGAGCUUUUCCGCAAGUGGUCCAAGCCAUUGCAGCCUUCCUCUUCCAUUUGGAAUUUCAAGGUUGCAUCAAACUCGAUGCAAACUCUUUGGAGGUCGCACUAUUGGAGGGCGAAUUAUACUUGGCAAUGCGGAACCUCUGACAGCUGGAGGGCGCGUCGGCUCUACAGCAAGAGUUUCCUCGGGUGACUUGGAAGUCCCAAAGAUACCGCUUAUUUUCGCCAUCGUUAUCGUCCUCAUCCGGAUCGAUACUCAACAGCGUUCAACUGAACCUUGCCUUCAUUCGACUCUUCAAGAAUGUCAGCCUUUGAAGCUUUCCGUUUGCCGCCCAUCUUGUCUCGAAAUCUUCUCUCUGUCCUGGAGGACGAUGAGGCUCUUGGAGUCAACCUUCCACUAA